GCACACACAUAUCUAGCUGAGUGUGUGUGUACGGUCCUCCCUCGUCCCUCCCCUCGGCUGUCUCUGCCCACUCCUCCGCCAUGCACUGACCCAGACUCCGCUGCGCUUCAUCAUCACCGCCAUCAUCCUCAUCCUCAUCGCGAACAAUAGCGCGAGCUGCAGGCCUGACCGCACGCGCGACACAGCGAUGCUCAGCGGCGUCUGAAGCGCACGGAACACACGCGGCAUCGCUUCAGACUCGAGCACUCGGAGAAGAUGGCGAACGACUCUCCGGCGAAGAGCCUGGUGGACAUCGACCUCGCCUCUCUGCGGGACCCUGCUGGUAUUUUUGAGCUGGUGGAAGUGGUCGGCAAUGGCACCUACGGACAAGUGUACAAGGGUCGACAUGUCAAAACCGGGCAGCUGGCGGCUAUCAAAGUCAUGGACGUGACUGAAGAUGAAGAAGAGGAGAUUAAGCUGGAGAUUAACAUGCUGAAGAAAUACUCUCAUCACAGAAACAUCGCCACGUAUUACGGUGCCUUCAUCAAGAAGAGUCCUCCAGGACACGACGACCAGCUGUGGCUGGUGAUGGAAUUUUGUGGAGCUGGUUCGAUCACAGAUCUUGUGAAGAACACUAAAGGGAAUUCCCUGAAGGAAGACUGGAUAGCAUACAUCUCCAGAGAAAUCCUCAGGGGUUUGGCUCACCUGCACGCUCAUCACGUCAUCCACAGAGACAUCAAGGGUCAGAACGUGCUUCUGACGGAGAACGCCGAGGUCAAGCUAGUGGACUUCGGCGUCAGCGCUCAGCUGGAUCGAACCGUGGGCCGCAGGAACACCUUCAUCGGGACGCCGUACUGGAUGGCUCCCGAGGUCAUCGCCUGCGACGAGAACCCAGACGCCACGUACGACUACAGGAGCGACCUGUGGUCCUGUGGGAUCACUGCCAUAGAGAUGGCCGAGGGCGCUCCUCCAUUGUGCGAUAUGCAUCCCAUGCGAGCGCUCUUUCUCAUACCCAGAAAUCCUCCGCCCAGACUCAAGUCCAAGAAAUGGUCUAAGAAGUUCUUCAGCUUCAUCGAGGGCUGUCUGGUGAAGAACUACACGCAGCGGCCGCCCACCGAUCAGCUGCUGAAGCACCCCUUCAUCAGAGACCAGCCCAACGAGCGGCAGGUGCGCAUCCAGCUCAAAGACCACCUGGACCGCUGCCGCAAGAAGCGCGGCGAGAGAGACGAGACCGAGUACGAGUACAGCGGCAGCGAGGAAGAGGAGGAGGAGGCUCAGGAGCAGGAGGGAGAGCCCAGCUCUAUCGUGAACGUGCCGGGCGAGUCGACUCUGCGGCGGGACUUCAUCCGUCUGCAGCAGGAGAAUAAGGAGCGCUCGGAGGCCCUGAGACGCCAGCAGCUCCUCCAGGAGCAGCAGCUCCGCGAGCAGGAGGAGUACAAGCGGCAGCUGCUGGCCGAGCGACAGAAGCGCAUCGAGCAGCAGAAGGAGCAGAGGAGGCGUCUGGAGGAGCAACAGAGACGCGAGCGCGAGAUGAGGAGGCAGCAGGAGCGAGAGCAGAGGAGGAGAGAGCAGGAGGAGAAGAGACGCCUGGAGGAGAUGGAGAGGAGGCGCAAAGAGGAGGAGGAGCGCCGAAGGGCAGAGGAGGAGAAGAGGAGGGCUGACCGCGAGCAGGAGUACAUCCGCCGGCAGCUGGAGGAGGAGCAGAGGCACCUGGAGAUCCUGCAGCAGCAGCUGCUUCACGAGCAGGCCAUGCUCCUGGUGGACGAGCGUCACCGCAGGAGCGUGCAGGGCUCUCCUCAGACCGCAGUCCUGCAGAAGCAGCCUCCAGCCGUGCCACCGCGAUCGUCAGAGCCCUUCUCCAACGGCAGCAGCAGCAGUGACCCGCAGGAUCUGACGGCGCUGGCGAAGGAGCUGCGUGCGGUGGAGGACGUGCGGCCGCAGCACAAAGCCACGGACUACUCGUCCUCCAGCGAGGACUCGGGCACCACUGACGACGAGGACGACGAGGAGGUGGAUCAGGAGGCGGGAGAGGAGUCGACGUCUGGCCCCGAGGACUCCCGCGCCGGCUCGUCCAGACUCAGUAAUGGAGAGACGGAAGCAGCCAAGACCAUGGUUGUCCAAGACAACGACGCCUCCUCUACGCCAUGCAAAGACAGCACGUUGAUCAUGAGACAGUUCCAGAGAGCAGGGCCUGUGACAGUGCUGGGAUCAGGCUGGAGUCCCAGUCCUGUAGAGAUUGGGCAGAGGAACUGCAUUAGGGGCCUGCCCGACCUGCUCCAGCAGUCCUCCUCGGCUCCCAGCAGCCCUGCCCUGUCCCCCCUCAGUCCCUCGGACAGAGUCCCGUGCCUAGCAGAGACUCCCACCGUGCCGAAGCACAAGUCUUCCUCGUCUUUCACGCCCUUCAUUGACCCGCGUCUCCUGCAGGUCUCUCCAUCCACCGGCAGCGCGCUCAAUAAUGCUGGUGAGUGUGAUGGUCUCGCUCCACUGCUCCUUGAAUCAGCUGUGACGUGUGUGUCUGCAGGAGUGAAUCUGCUGGUGGGCACAGAGAGCGGCCUCAUGCUGCUGGAUCGCAGCGGUCAGGGCAAGGUCUACCCGCUCAUCAGCCGCAGACGCUUCCAGCAGAUGGACGUUCUGGAGGGACUCAAUGUGCUGGUGACUAUAUCAGGGAAGAAGAAUAAAUUGCGUGUGUACUAUCUGUCCUGGCUGAGGAACAAGAUCCUCCACAAUGACCCUGAGGUGGAGAAGAAGCAGGGCUGGACCACCGUAGGAGACCUCGAGGGCUGUGUGCACUACAACGUCGUGAAGUACGAGAGGAUCAAGUUCUUGGUUCUGGCUCUGAAGAAUUCAGUCGAGGUGUACGCCUGGGCUCCCAAACCCUACCAUAAAUUCAUGGCUUUCAAGUCCUUCGGUGAUCUGGUGCACAAGCCGCUGCUGGUUGACCUCACGGUUGAAGAAGGCCAAAGGUUAAAGGUCAUCUACGGGUCCUGCUCUGGCUUUCAUGCCGUGGAUGUGGACUCGGGAGCCGUCUACGACAUCUAUCUGCCGACUCACAUCCAGAGCAGCAUCCAGUCGCACGCCAUCAUCAUCCUGCCCAACACGGACGGCAUCGAGCUGCUGUUGUGCUACGAGGACGAGGGCGUGUAUGUCAACACCUACGGCCGCAUCACUAAAGACGUGGUGCUGCAGUGGGGCGAGAUGCCCACCUCCGUCGCGUAUAUCCGCUCUAACCAGAUCAUGGGCUGGGGAGAGAAGGCCAUAGAGAUCCGCUCGGUGGAAACAGGCCACCUGGAUGGAGUUUUCAUGCACAAAAGAGCACAGCGACUCAAGUUUCUGUGUGAGAGGAAUGACAAGGUGUUCUUCGCCUCGGUGCGCUCCGGCGGCUCCAGUCAGGUGUACUUCAUGACGCUGGGACGCACCUCUCUGCUCAGCUGGUGAACAAGCGUCGGGUUUCUGGCCGCUGGAGGACUGACAAACACACUGAUGAUGCAGCCUGCUGCAUGAGGGACGGCUCGAGUGUCUACAGUAUUAUUGCUAGUCUGUGUAAAUGUCUUUCUCUAGAGUUUAAUCAAACCUGACUCCGCUGAGAGGAGCGCUGCUGUCGUGUCUCUCGCUCACACAAUGGUGAAACGCUCAGUGGCUUUGUUUUGUCAUGUAUUUUUUAUUUAUGGCUUGUAUUUAUUUCUAGGGUUUUGUUUUUCUGAGCAGUAAUGUGGAGGGUUCCUGAGAGCUUGCUCUGUGUGGAGCGUCUGAUGAAGUGCACCGCUGCGUCAGCUUCAGUUCUGCUUCCGGCUCAUCAAACACAAGGAUUCAGAUCAAUUACUCUGUUUAAUGACGACUGUCCGGUGGCUCUCUGUUGCCUCUCUUUCAUCAUCUUGUCUGCUC